AAUUUUAACCUUUAAUAUACAGUAGAAUACAUGCGCCAUUAGCAAAAAGAAUAGAAGACGAAAAAAUAAAAAGAGGGGCCAUUUAGAGAGGGAAACCAGAGGCGCUAAAACAUGGAGGCCACCUCCAUUUCUGUAGAUGCAGUGCUUGAAACCCUAAGGAGCAGAGGCUGGUGUUUUGGCGACUUAGACGAAGUUAACGCUCUCAUACAAUUGCAAUCCGCUUUGGCCGAUGAUGUGGAAACCAGUAAGGUCGCGGAUUCGGUCGAAUCGGAGCUGCUUAACAUGGACCUUAGAUCGAUCGGAGGCAAGUCCUUGCCUGAACCCAAUCUCCUCCUCCGGAAGUCAUCUCAUCUUCAAGGCCCCAAAGUCCUCCAGAUAUCAUCAGUGAGAGACAUAUCAAGAAGCAGCACGGAGGAGUUUUCAGGAAAUUCAAGGGCACACCGUUUGCUAAGAUUUUGUCUUACAGAUGGACAAACUGAGAUAACUGCAAUAGAGUUCCACCACAUAGCAUCAAUUCCUAAUGAUAUUGUUCCUGGUACAAAGGUUCGGUUGGAAAAUAAAAUUAUAAUACAUAGUGGGAUUGUAUGUUUGAAUCCUAAAGUGAUAACAGUGUUGGGGGGUGUUGUUCAAUCACUUCAUGAAGAAUGGGAGAUGAACCGAAAAUAUUCAGGCAUCUCACGUGACCAGCAAAAUGAUACCAGUGGUCCUCCCCCAUUCGAGAAGUUGCAAAUUGAAGCACCUUCUAAGAAUCAAUUUGCUCAACCACGCAGAUCAUCUUAUUUCUCAGAGUCAUCGUCGAAGAGAUCUGGGCCUAGUACGUCAGAUUCUGCUGUGAAUACUGAAAGAAGGCAGAGAAGCCAUCAAACUGUUGAAUUAAAAACAGAUAAUUUGGAUACUUCCCUUAUGGGAAGGACUGAAGAAAAGCCAAGUACCUCCGAAGCAAGACCAAAGGAAGUGGUUGAGUCUGUCCCUGUUCAGAAUCAAGCAGCUUCUCAGAAGCUUCUGCAGAAAAUGAGUAAAGCAAACCCCAAUGAUCAACGUUCUAGAGGAAGAAAAUACAGGGGCAAGGAACGACAAGAAGAACCUGUGACUUACACUCUGGAUGAAUGGGAAAAGAGGAAAGCUAGUACAAAGCUUCAGAUUAAAAAUGAGCAUAUGGAUACCAGUCACGAUGAGGACCUUGCAUGGCAACUACAAAGUCAACUUGAUUUGGAAGAUUAUCACGUACAAAAGGCGCCUGACACAGAGGCAGAAAAUAUUAGAUUAAGCAUGUUUAACUAUGAGAGAGAGGAUAGUGGAGGGGAACUUGGAGGGAGAGGAAGGGGAAGGGGAAGGGGAAGGGGAAGGGGCAACGGUAAAGGGAGGAAGGGAAAGGGAAGGGGGAGAGGGAGAUUCAGUUAACUAUUUUGGCCAGUUACAUCCAUUGUCAUGCAUCUAUGUUCUCCUUGUUAAAGCCAUAAGGUAACCUCUUCCUUUGUUUCCUUUUUAAAUGCAUGUCUAAUCCCCAUGCCCUUUCAAUGAGAGAGGAAGUGAAAGGAGAAGUGUCUGAAUUUGUUUGAUCGCUAUGCUAUCAUGUUAUCGUUCUUGUGAAGUGUGACCCACUUGUUUUCAUUUUCUUUUCUUUUUAUUUGAUAAUUCCAUCUAUUUCUUGGAUGCUUGUUUAAGCUCCCAAAAGGAGCCUCUCCAAUCCCCACUCCGCUCUUCCUCUUCAAGAAAAGUAUCAACAGAGCGAAAAGUAAAGAAUGAAAAAUUUGAAGCCAUCAAUAGGAAGUUAAUUUUGCAUUGUAGGAAUCUUCAUUUUUCCUUCUUAUGUUUGCUAAAACAGGAAAUUACAUUAUGAAGAUUUGAUUCAAGAAAAUUUGGAAAGUGCUGAGAGGCUUCGUGGGCAUGCCCUUUUGUUUGAAUUUCUGAUAUUAGUGUUAGAAAGCACGCUAAAAUUUACAUUUAAGAGUAAUUGUACCUUUUAUCAAAUAUACAUCUGUGAGCAGA